AUGGAGUCGAUGGCACACUGCAGGUGCUCGUUAAGAGACUCAUCGUGUGGCGGAGAGCCAGAGGAGAAGGAGGCGUUGUCCAUGUCCAUGACAGGAGAGUCUGACUUACAGCGCUUAGCAGGAAGUGAUGAGUCUCUGUAACAAGAAGUGUCUGGCGGCGAGGAAGGGGGCCCAGGGGCAUGCUGGUCCAUUCUGAACGUUCCACCCCCCCCUGACCACUGGCGGUUUUUACUGCUCACCCUCUUAUACCUCCCCAUGUCUGCCCCUCUGUCCCAAUGCUCCCCUUCUCUCCCCCUCUCCUCCGCCCCUCUGUCCCAAUGCUCCCCUUCUCUCCCCCUCUCCUCCGCCCCUCUGUCCCAAUGCUCCCCUUCUCUCCCCCUCUCCUCCGCCCCUCUGUCCCAAUGCUCCCCUUCUCUCCCCCUCUCCUCCGCCCCUCUGUCCCAAUGCUCCCCUUCUCUCCCCCCUCUCCUCCGCCCCUCUGUCCCAAUGCUCCCCUUCUCUCCCCCUCUCCUCCGCCCUCUGUCCCAAUGCUCCCUUCUCUCCCCCUCUCCUCCCCCCUCUGUCCCAUGCUCCCCUUCCCCCCCUCUCCUCCGCCCCUCUGUCCCAAUGCUCCCCUUCUCUCCCCCUCUCCUCCGCCCCUCUGUCCCAAUGCUCCCCUUCUCUCCCCCUCUCCUCCGCCCCUCUGUCCCCAAUGCUCCCCUUCUCUCCCCCUCUCCUCCGCCCCUCUGUCCCAAUGCUCCCCUUCUCUCCCCCUCUCCUCCGCCCCUCUGUCCCAAUGAUCCCCUUCUCUCCCCUCUCCUCCGCCCCUCUGUCCCAAUGAUCCCCUUCUCUCCCCCUCUCCUCCGCCCCUCUGUCCCAAUGAUCCCCUUCUCUCCCCCUCUCCUCCGCCCCUCUGUCUGAGAGGUGGGGGCAGUGUGGGUGCUGGUGGGUGUUUGUGAUGCCCUGCACUAGGCCAGGGGAGGGGGAGGAGUUCCCCAGCCUCAGGGCCUCCCGGCUGGGCUCUGUGUGGGGGUGGGAGCCCCCCUCCCUGGGGCUACCUCCUCUCUUCUCCAGCUUCAUGUUGGCGAUCACCGUCCCCUCUGAGGAGGGUGGGAGGGGAGAUUUGGGGGGCGAAGGGGAGGGACGGGGGUACGGGACACUGUCUCCUCCUCCUCCAGGUACGCCCGGUCGGACGCGGGGGCUGAUGUUCUCCCGGUAAGUCUUCCGUAGAGGAAGGCGGCAGGUGGUCUGAGGGGAAGUGGCCGUGGAGGCGGGGUUACGCUUGACUCCACACACACUGUGAUGUUCUAACGCUCCGUUCAUCUGAGUUGUGGAGGAGGAGGAGGAUGAAGACCAUGAGUGAGAGGAGGAAGAGGAGGAUGGGGGGGCUGUGACUCUGUGUGGGCUGGGGGUCGCCUGUGUGGUUGCUAUGGAGACCGUUGCUGAGGAGGCUGUGUUACAGCUAGGGGGAGGAGUCCUAAUGACAGUUACAGAAGGCGGCGUGGCUAGUGCUGCUGCUGCUUGGGCUUUUGGGUGAGUCGGCGCCGGUUCUGGCAGGGUGGUAGGGUGUGUCGGUUCUGGUUCUGGCAGGGUGGUAGGGUGUGUCGGUGCUGGUUCUGGCAGGGUGGUAGGGUGUGCCAGUGCUGGUUCUGGCAGGGUGGUAGGGUGUGUCAGUGCUGGUUCUGGCAGGGUGGUAGGGUGUGUCGGUUCUGGCAGGGUGGUAGGGUGUGUCGGCGCGGGUUCUGGCAGGGUGGUAGGGUGUGUCGGCGCCGGUUCUGGCAGGGUGGUAGGGUGUGUCGGCGCCGGUUCUGGCAGGAUGGUAGGGUGUGUCGGCGCUGGUUCUGGCAGGGUGGUAGGGUGUGUCGGUUCUGGUUCUGGCAGGGUGGUAGGGUGUGUCGGCGCUGGUUCUGGCAGGGUGGUAGGGUGUGUCGGUUCUGGCAGGGUGGUAGGGUGUGUCGGCGCUGGUUCUGGCAGGGUGGUAGGGUGUGUCGGCGCUGGUUCUGGCAGGGUGGUAGGGUGUGUCGGCGCUGGUUCUGGCAGGGUGGUAGGGUGUGUCGGCGCCGGUUCUGGCAGGGUGGUAGGGUGUGUCGGCGCUGGUUGGGGCUGGGUGGUAGGGUGUGUCGGCGCUGGUUCUGGCAGGGUGGUAGGGUGUGUCGGCGCCGGUUCUGGCAGGGUGGUAGGGUGUGUCGGCGCUGGUUGGGGCUGGGUGGUAGGGUGUGUCGGCGCUGGUUCUGGCAGGUUGGUAGGGUGUGUCGGCGCCAGUUCUGGCAGGGUGGUAGGGUGUGUCGGCGCCGGUUCUGGCAGGGUGGUAGGGUGUGUCGGCGCCGGUUCUGGCAGGGUGGUAGGGUGUGUCGGCGCUGGUUGGGGCUGGGUGGUAGGGUGUGUCUGGGGCUGUGUCUGGGGUUUAGGGUGGGGGCUGGAUGGUGUGUGGACCGGGUCGAGGGGGGUGGAUGGUGUGUGGACCGGGUCGAGGGGGGUGGAUGGUGUGUGGACCGGGUCGAGGGGGGUGGAUGGUGUGUGGACCGGGUCGAGGGCGGUGUUGUGCACCACCUUACUAAACCCCGCCUCCUGCUUGAUCUUGAGCUUCAAGCCGAUGCGUGGGCGGGCGGCGUACGUCUUCAUGGGGGGUUUACUGCUCCUCUGGGGGAGAGCAUCAUCAUCAUCCUCAGCUGGACAAGAGGAGGAGGAAGGGUGAUAGGGUGAGUGACAGGAGGGAGGUGGAGGAGAGCGGCUGAAGGAGGAGCGGUGACUCUGGGUGUCAGCUGUCUGUCUCACCCCUGAACCCGACCUAGCCACAGGAGCUGGGGAGCUGGACCAGGAGACAGACGCCCCCGCUCCUCCCUGCUUUAUCACCAGCUUGGUGGAGGGGAAGUGGGCCGGUGCAAUGGGUGUAGGUGUUGGGGCCUGAGUAGGUGUUGGGGUAGGAGUUGGAGUAGGGGCUACACCACUCCUCAUGGUGCUGGGCUCAGCACACACAAACCACUGGGGCUGGGGAUGCGACUGGGGCUGGGGCUGGGGCUGGGGGCUGGGGCUGGGGCUGGGGCUGGGGUUGGGGUUGGGGCAGGGGCUGGGGUUGGGGUUGGGGCAGGGGCUGGGGCUGGGGCUGGGGCUGGGGCUGGGCCAUGCUGGCAGCUACACUCUCAAUCUCCAUCAUCCUUGAGUUGGCCACAUACUCCUCUGGAGAGAGAGAGAGAUAUGGAAGUGAUAAGAUGAAUCAGAGAUGACCAAAGGUCCACAGUUCUGUCAAAGCUAAUCUGACUAUGUGCUUCUCUGCUGUACACAGGAGGGCCAGUUUGACCAAUAGAAACAACUUCUCCAAAUCAUAUUUCUCUAUAUAUUUUUUUAUACCUGAAUGGGUCCUAUAAUUCUAAAUCAAAUAGCUAAAUGAUCCAUAGUAUGAACAUCUUAAAAUACUUCCUUAUGUCAGCUUAGAAAUCCCCAACGGCUUAGAAUUAAACAGCAUGAUCAUUACACAGGUGCACCUUGUUCUGGGGACAGUAAAAGGCCACUCUAAAAUGUGUAGUUUUGUCACACAACACAAUGCCACAGAUAUCUCAAGUUUUGAGGGAGCGUGCAAUUGGCAUGCUGACAGCAUGAAUGUCCACCUCAGCUGUUGCCAGAAAAUGUCAUGUUAAUUUCUCUACCAUAAGCCGCCUCCAACCAGAAUAUGUGAGUGGAGCGGAACCCAAUUUGACUGGAGUGUUGGAGAGUUUCCCAAAGGCUGGAGCGUCGGCCUUCUCCCCCGCUCUGGAGUGUUGGAGAGUUUCCCCAAGGCUGGAGCGUCGGCCUUCUCCCCCGCUCUGGAGUGUUGGAGAGUUUCCCAAAGGCUGGAGCGUCGGCCUUCUCCCCCGCUCUGGAGUGUUGGAGAGUUUCCCCAAGGCUGGAGCGUCGGCCUUCUCCCCCGCUCUGGAGUGUUGGAGAGUUUCCCAAAGGCUGGAGCGUCUGCCUUCUCCCCCGCUCUGGAGUGUUGGAGAGAGUUUCCCAAAGGCUGGAGCGUCGGCCUUCUCCCCCGCUCUGGAGUGUUGGAGAGUUUCCCAAAGGCUGGAGCGUCGGCCUUCUCCCCCGCUCUGGAGUGUUGGAGAGUUUCCCAAAGGCUGGAGCGUCGGCCUUCUCCCCCGCUCUGGAGUGUUGGAGAGUUUCCCAAAGGCUGGAGCGUCGGCCUUCUCCCCCGCUCUGGAGUGUUGGAGAGUUUCCCAAAGGCUGGAGCGUCUGCCUUCUCCCCCGUUCUGGAGUGUUGGAGAGUUUCCCAAAGGCUGGAGCGUCUGCCUUCUCCCCCGCUCUGGAGUGUUGGAGAGAGUUUCCCAAAGGCUGGAGCGUCGGCCUUCUCCCCCGCUCUGGAGUGUUGGAGAGAGUUUCCCAAAGGCUGGAGCGUCGGCCUUCUCCCCUUCUCUGGAGUGUUGGAGAGAGUUUCCCAAAGGCUGGAGCGUCGGCCUUCUCCCCUUCUCUGGAGUGUUGGAGAGAGUUUCCCAAAGGCUGGAGCGUCGGCCUUCUCCCCUUCUCUGGAGUGUUGGAGAGAGUUUCCCAAAGGCUGGAGCGUCGGCCUUCUCCCCUUCUCUGGAGUGUUGGAGAGAGUUUCCCAAAGGCUGGAGCGUCGGCCUUCUCCCCCGCUCUGGAGUGUUGGAGAGUUUCCCAAAGGCUGGAGCGUCUGCCUUCUCCCCCGCUCUGGAGUGUUGGAGAGUUUCCCCAAGGCUGGAGCGUCGGCCUUCUCCCCCGCUCUGGAGUGUUGGAGAGAGUUUCCCAAAGGCUGGAGCGUCGGCCUUCUCCCCCGCUCUGGAGUGUUGGAGAGAGUUUCCCCAAGGCUGGAGCGUCGGCCUUCUCCCCCGCUCUGGAGUGUUGGAGAGAGUUUCCCAAAGGCUGGAGCGUCGGCCUUCUCCCCCGCUCUGGAGUGUUGGAGAGAGUUUCCCAAAGGCUGGAGCGUCGGCCUUCUCCCCCGCUCUGGAGUGUUGGAGAGAGUUUCCCCAAGGCUGGAGCGUCGGCCUUAUCCCCCGCUCUGGAGUGUUGGAGAGAGUUUCCCAAAGGCUGGAGCGUCGGCCUUAUCCCCCGCUCUGGAGUGUUGGAGAGUUUCCCAAAGGCUGGAGCGUCGGCCUUCUCCCCCGCUCCAAUUUCGCUCCAGUACCACUCACUUCACCAGCUCAGGGCGUGCCCGGCCCAGCAUGCGUUUGUAGUCUACUUGUGUGCUGCUAAUAGCCCCUUGCUUUAGCUACUGUCAUGGAGUUUGCUAAAUAUUUUUAUAAAGAAACUGAUAGAACACACAGGUGCUAAAUCAAGGUGACUUACAAAGAUGAGGACCAAGAGCAAGAGAGGGAGUGUGGUAUCCACAACUAGAGGUAUGUAGUGUCCACAACUAAAGAGGUAUGUAGUGUCCACAACUAAAGAGGUAUGUAGUGUCCACAACUAAAGAUUGAUGUAGUGUCCACAACUAAAGAGGUAUGUAGUGUCCACAACUAAAGAGGUAUGUAGUGUCCACAACUAAAGAGGUAUGUAGUGUCCACAACUAAAGAGGUAUGUAGUGUCCACAACUAAAGAGGUAUGUAGUGUCCACAACUAAAGAGGUAUGUAGUGUCCACAACUAAAGAGGUAUGUAGUGUCCACAACUAAAGAUUGAUGUAGUGUCCACAACUAAAUAUUGAUGUAGUGUCCACAACUAAAGAAUCAUUGUGGAAUCUGAAAAGACAUGUAUCUUGAAAGCAUGAUGGAGUCCUUACUACGUUCACAUGCAAACAGAAAGAAACGAGGUGGGUAGCUAGCUAAGUGUGUCAUUGUAACCCUAACCCUAACCCUGACAGAGCUGGUGUAACUGAGUCAGGUUUGUAGGCCUCCUUGCUCGCACACGCUUUUUCAGUUCUGCCCACAAAUGUUCUAUAGGAUUGAGGUCAGGGCUUUGUGAUGGCCACUCCAAUACCUUGACUUUGUUGUCCUUAAGCCAUUUUGCCACAACUUUGGAAGUAUGCUUGGGGUCAUUGUCCAUUUGCGACCAAGCUUUAACUUCCUGACUGAUGUCUUGAGAUGUUGCUUCACUAUAUCCACAUACAUUUUCCGUCCUCAUGAUGCCAUCUAUUUUGUGAAGUGCACCAGUCCCUCCUGCAGCAAAGCACCCCCACAGCAUGACGCUGCCACCCCCUUGCUUCACGGUUGGGAUGGUGUUCUUCGGCUUGCAAGCCACACCCUUUUUCCUCCAAACAUAACGAUGGUCUUUAUGGCCAAACAGUUCUAUUUUUGUUUCAUCAGACCAGAGGACAUUUCUUCAAAAAGUAUGAUCUUUGUCCCCAUGUGCAGUUGCAAACCGUAGUCUGGCUUUUAUAUGGCGGUUUUGGAGCAAUGGCUUCUUCCUUACUGAGCGGCCUUUCAGGUUAUGUCGAUAUAGGACUCGUUUUACUGUGGAUAUAGAUACUUUUGUACCUGUUUCCUCCACCAUCUUCACAAGGUCCUUUGCUGUUGUUCUAGGAAUGAUUUGCACUUUUCGCACCAAAGUACGUUCAUCUCAAGGAGACAGAACGCAUCUCCUUCCUGAGCGGUAUGAUGGCUGCGUGGUCCCAUGGUGUUUAUACUUGCGACUAUUGUUUGUACAGAUGAACGUGGUACCUUCAGGCGUUUGGAAAUUGCUCCCAAGGAUGAACCAGACUUGUGGAGGUCUACAAUCUUUUUUCUGAGGUCUUGGCUGAUUUAUUUUGAUUUUCCCAUUAUGUCAAGCAAAGAGGCACUGAGUUUGAAGGUAGGCCUUGAAAUACAUCCACAGGUACACCUCCAAUUGACUCAAAUUAUAUAAAUUAGCCUAUCAGAAGCUUCUAAAGCAAUAACAUCAUUUUCUGGAAUUUUCCAAGCUGUUUAAAUGCACAGUCAACUUAGUGUAUGUAAACUUCUGACCCACUGGAAAGUUUUUAUUUUAUUUUUUUGUCAUUUAGCAGACACUCUUAUCCAGAGCUACUUACAGUUAGUGAGUGCAUACAUUAUUAUUAUUUAUUUUUUCAUACUGGCCCCCCGUGGGAAUCGAACCCACAACCCUGGCAUUGCAAACGCCAUGCUCUAUCAACUGAGCUACAUCCCUGCCGGCCAUUCCCUCCCGUACCCUGGACGACGCUGGGCCAAUUGUGCGCCACCCCAUGGGUCUUCCGGUCGCGGCCGGCUACGACAGAGAGGAAUUGUGAUACAGUGAAUUAUAAGUGAAAUAAUCUGUCUGUAAACAAUUGUUGGAAAAAUUACUUGUGUCAUGCGCAAAGUAGAUGUCCUAACCGACUUUCCAGGACUAUAGUUUGUUAACAAGACAUUUGUGGAGUGGUUGAACAACAAGUUUUAAUGACUCCAAUCUAAGUGUAUGUAAACUUCCGACUUCAACUGUAGGUAUAGGUAUGAAUAUUAUAUAUAGGUAUGUAUACAACUACCUCAUCCCUAUAUUGUUAUUUAUUUUGCUCUUUUGCACCCCAGUAUCUCUAUUUGCACAUAAUCUCUUGCACAUCUAGCAUUCCAGUGUUAAUACUAUUGUAAUUAUUUUGCACUAUAGCCUAUUUAUUGCCUUACCUCCAUAACUUGCUACAUUUGCACACACUGUAUAUAUAUUUUCUGUUGUAUUUUUGACUUUAUGUUUUUUUACCCCAUAUGUAACUCUGUGUUGUUUUUAUCGCACUGCUUUGCUUUAUCUUGGCCAGGUCGCAGUUGUAAAUGAGAACUUGUUCUCAACUGGCUUACCUGGUUAAAUAAAGGUGAAAUAAAAUAAAAAAAUAUUAUAUAUAUAUACAGUGGGGAGAACAAGUAUUUGAUACACUGCCAAUUUUGCAGGUUUUCCUACUUACAAAGCAUGUAGAGGUCUGUAAUUUUUAUCAUAGGUACACUUCAACUGUGAGAGACUAAAUCUAAAACAAAAAUCCAGAAAAUCACAUUUUAUGAUUUUUAAGUAAUUAAUUUGCAUUUUAUUGCAUGACAUAAGUAUUUGAUACAUCAGAAAAGCAGAACUUAAUAUUUGGUACAGAAACCUUUGUUUGCAAUUCCAGAGAUCAUACGUUUCCUGUAGGUCUUGGCCAGGUUUGCACACACUGCAGCAGGGAUUUUGACCCACUCCUCCAUACAGACCUUCUCCAGAUCCUUCAGGUUUCGGGGCUGUCGCUGGGCAACACGGACUUUCAGCUCCCUCCAAAGAUUUUCUAUUGGGUUCAGGUCUGGAGACUGGCUAGGCCACUCCAGGACCUUGAGAUGCUUCUUACGGAGCCACUCCUUAGUUGCCCUGGCUGUGUGUUUCGGGUCGUUGUCAUGCUGGAAGACCCAGCCACGACCCAUCUUCAAUGCUCUUACUGAGGGAAGGAGGUUGUUGGCCAAGAUCUCGCGAUACAUGGCCCCAUCCAUCCUCCCCUCAAUACGGUGCAGUCGUCCUGUCCCCUUUGCAGAAAAGCAUCCCCAAAGAAUGAUGUUUCCACCUCCAUGCUUCACGGUUGGGAUGGUGUUCUUGGGGUUGUCCUCAUCCUUCUUCUUCCUCCAAACACGGCGAGUGGAGUUUAGACCAAAAAGCUCUAUUUUUGUCUCAUCAGACCACAUGACCUUCUCCCAUUCCUCCUCUGGAUCAUCCAGAUGGUCAUUGGCAAACUUCAGACGGGCCUGGACAUGAGCUGGCUUGAGCAGGGGGACCUUGCGUGCGCUGCAGGAUUUUAAUCCAUGACGGCGUAGUGUGUUACUAAUGGUUUUCUUUGAGACUGUGGUCCCAGCUCUCUUCAGGUCAUUGACCAGGUCCUGCCGUGUAGUUCUGGGCUGAUCCCUCACCUUCCUCAUGAUCAUUGAUGCCCCACGAGGUGAGAUCUUGCAUGGAGCCCCAGACCGAGGGUGAUUGACCGUCAUCUUGAACUUCUUCCAUUUUCUAAUAAUUGCACCAACAGUUGUUGCCUUCUCACCAAGCUGCUUGCCUAUUGUCCUGUAGCCCAUCCCAGCCUUGUGCAGGUCUACAAUUUUAUCCCUGAUGUCCUUACACAGCUCUAGACUUGGCCAUUGUGGAGAGGUUGGAGUCUAUUUGAUUGAGUGUGUGGACAGGUGUCUUUUAUACAGGUAACGAGUUCAAACAGGUGCAGUUAAUACAGGUAAUGAGUGGAGAACAGGAGAGCUUCUUAAAGAAAAACUAACAGGUCUGUGAGAGACGGAAUUCUUACUGGUUGGUAGGUGAUCAAAUACUUAUGUCAUGCAAUAAAAUGCAAAUUAAUUACUUAAAAAUCAUACAAUGUGAUUUUCUGGAUAUUACAGACCUCUACAUGCUUUGUAAUUAGGAAAACCUGCAAAAUCGGCAGUGUAUCAAAUACUUGUUCUCCCCACUGUAUAUGCAUAUUUGAUAUAGAUAUGCAUAUUAGAAAUUUUAUUGGCCACAUGCGCCGAAUACAACAGGUGCAGACAUUACAGUGAAAUGCUUACUUACAGCCCUUAACCAACAGUGCAUUUAUUUUUUAUAAAAAAAGUAAAUCAAUAAAACAACAACAAAAAAGUGUUGAGAAAAAAAGAGCAGAAGUAAAAUAAAGUGACAGUAGGGAGGCUAUAUAUACAGUAAAAUAAAAUAACAGUAGGGAGGCUAUAUAUACAGGGGGGUACCGGUGCAGAGUCAAUGUGCGGGGGCACCGGCUAGUUGAGGUAGUUGAGGUAAUAUGUACAUGUGGGUAGAGUUAAAGUGACUAUGCAUAAAUAAUUAACAGAGUAGCAGCAGCGUAAAAAUAUGGGGUGGGGGGGCAGUGCAAAUAGUCCGGGUAGCCAUGAUUAGCUGUUCAGGAGUCUUAUGGCUUGGGGGUAGAAGCUGUUGAGAAGUCUUUUGGACCUAGACUUGGUACCGCUUGCCGUGCGGUAGCAGAGAGAACAGUCUAUGACUAGGGUGGCUGGAGUCUUUGACAAUUUUGAGGGCCUUCCUCUGACACCGCCUGGUAUAGAGGUCCUGGAUGGCAGGAAACUUGGCCCCAGUGAUGUACUGGGCCGUACACACUACCCUCUGUAGUGCCUUGCAUGGAGGUGGAAACAUCAUUCUUUGGGGACGCUUUUCUGCAAAGGGGACAGGACGACUGCACCGUAUUGAAGGGAGGAUGGAUGGGGCCAUGUAUCGCGAGAUCUUGGCCAACAACCUCCUUCCCUCAGUAAGAGCAUUGAAGAUGGGUCGUGGCUGGGUCUUCCAGCAUGACAACGACCCGAAACACACAGCCAGGGCAACUAAGGAGUGACUCCGUAAGAAGCAUCUCAAGGUCCUGGAGUGGCCUAGCCAGUCUCCAGACCUGAACCCAAUAGAAAAUCUUUGGAGGGAGCUGAAAGUCCGUAUUGCCCAGCGACAGCCCCGAAACCUGAAGGGUCUCGAGAAGGUCUGUAAGGAGGAGUGGGCCAAAAUCCCUGCUGCAGUGUGUGCAAACCUGGCCAAGACCUACAGGAAACAUAUGAUCUCUGUAAUUGCAAACAAAGGUUUCUGUACCAAAUAUUAAGUUCUGCUUUUCUGAUGUAUCAAAUACUUAUGUCAUGCAAUAAAAUGCAAAUUAAUUACUUAAAAAUCAUACAAUGUGAUUUUCUGGAUUUUUGUUUUAGAUUCCGUCUCUCACAGUUGAAGUGUACCUAUGAUAAAAAUUACAGACCUCUACCUGCUUUGUAAGUAGGAAAACCUGCAAAAUCGGCAGUGUAUCAGAUACUUGUUCUCCCCACUGUGUGUGUGUGUGUAUGUACAGUGGGGAAAAAAAGUAUUUAGUCAGCCACCAAUUGUGCAAGUUCUCCCACUUAAAAAGAUGAGAGAGGCCUGUAAUUUUCAUCAUAGGUACACGUCAACUAUGACAGACAAAAUGAGAAAAAACAUUCCAGAAAAUCACAUUGUAGGAUUUAUAAUGAAUUUAUUAGCAAAUUAUGGUGGAAAAUAAGUAUUUGGUCAAUAACAAAAGUUUCUAAAUACUUUGUUAUAUACCCUUUGUUGGCAAUGACACAGGUCAAACGUUUUCUGUAAGUCUUCAUAAGGUUUUCACACACUGUUGCUGGUAUUUUGGCCCAUUCCUCCAUGCAGAUCUCCUUUAGAGCAGUGAUGUUUUGGGGCUAUCGCUGGGCAACACAGACUUUCAACUCCCUCCAAAGAUUUGCUAUGGGGUUGAGAUCUGGAGACUGGCUAGGCCACUGCAGGACCUUGAAAUGCUUCUUACGAAGCCACUCCUUCGUUGCCCGGCUGGUGUGUUUGGGAUCAUUGUCAUGCUGAAAGACCCAGCCACGUUCCAUCUUCAAUGCCCUUGCUGAUGGAAGGAGGGUUUCACUCAAAAUCUCACGAUACAUGGCCCCAUUCAUUCUUUCCUUUACACGGAUCAGUCGUCCUGGUCCCUUUGCAGAAAAACAGCCCCAAAGCAUGAUGUUUCCACCCCCAUGCUUCACAGUAGGUAUGGUGUUCUUUGGAUGCAACUCAGCAUUCUUUGUCCUCCAAACACGACGAGUUGAGUUUUUACCAAAAAGUUCUAUUUUGGUUUCAUCUGACCAUAUGACAUUCUCCCAAUCCUCUUCUGGAUCAUCCAAAUGCACUCUAGCAAACUUCAGACGGGCCUGGACAUGUACUGGCUUAAGCAGGGGGACACGUCUUGUACUGCAGGAUUUGAGUCCCUGGCGGCGUAGUGUGUUACUGAUGGUAGGCUUUGUUACUUUGGUCCCAGCUCUCUGCAGGUCAUUCACUAGGUCCCCCCGUGUGGUUCUGGGAUUUUUGCUCACCGUUCUUGUGAUCAUUUUGACCCCACGGGGUGAGAUCUUGCGUGGAGCCCCAGAUCGAGGGAGAUUAUCAGUGGUCUUGUAUGUCUUCCAUUUCCUAAUAAUUGCUCCCACAGUUGAUUUCUCCAAACCAAGCCGCUUACCUAUUGCAGAUUCAGUCUUCCCAGCCUGGUGCAGGUCUACAAUUUUGUUUCUGGUGUCCUUUGACAGCUCUUUGGUCUUGGCCAUAGUGGAGUUUGGAGUGUGACUGUUUGAGGUUGUGGACAGGUGUCUUUUAUACUGAUAACAAGUUCAAACAGGUGCCAUUAAUACAGGUAACGAGUGGAGGACAGAGGAGCCUCUUAAAGAAGAAGUUGCAGGUCUGUGAGAGCCAGAAAUCUUGCUUGUUUGUAGGUGACCAAAUACUUAUUUUCCACCAUAAUUUGCAAAUAAAUUCAUAAAAAAUCCUACAAUGUGAUUUUCUGGAUUUUUUUCCUCAAUUUGUCUGUCAUAGUUGACGUGUACCUAUGAUGAAAAUUACAGGCCUCUCUCAUCUUUUUAAGUGGGAGAACUUGCACAAUUGGUGGCUGACUAAAUACUUUUUUUCCCCACUGUAUGUGUGUGUGUAUAUAUAUAUAUAUAUAUAUAUAUAUAUAUAUAUAUAUAUAUAUAUAUAUAUAUAUAUAGGUAAUUUUGUUAGGUUACAGCCUUAUUCUAAAAUUGAUAAAAUAGUAUUUUCCCCCCUCAAUCUACACACAAUACCCCAUAAUGACAAAGCAAAAACAUCUUGUUAGAAAUGUUUGCUAAGUUAACAAACAAAACACAUUUUUUUAUAUCACAUUUACAUAAGUAUUCAGACCCUUUACUCAGUACUUUGUUGAAGCACCUUUGGCAGCGAUUACAGCCUUGAGUCUUCUUGGGUAUGACGCUACAAGCUUGGCACACCUGUAUUUGGGGAGUUUCACCCAUUCUUCCCUGCAGAUCCUCUCAAGCUCUGUCAGGCUUCGGGACAAGUCUCUGAAUGUCCUUGAGCGGCCCUGCCAGAGCCUGGACUUGAACCCGAUCGAACAUCUCUAGAGACACCUGAAAAUAGCUGUGCAGCGACACUCCCCAUCCAACCUGACAGAGCUUGAGAGGAUCUGCAGAAAAUAAUGGGAGAAACUCCCCAAAUGUCAAGGUUCUAGAAUCAUACCCAAGAAGACUUGAUGCUGUAAUCCCUGCUAAAGGUGCUUCAAAAAAGUACUGAGUAAAAGGUCUGAAUACUUAUGUAAAUGUGAUAUUUCAGUUUAUUUUAUACAUUAGUAAACAUUUAUAAAAACCUGUUUUUGCUUUGUCAUUAUGGGAUAUUGUGUGUAGAUUGAUGAGGGGAAAAACAAUUUAAUCCAUUUUAGAAUAAGGCUGAAACGUAACAAAAUGUGGAAAAAGUCUUGGGGUCUGAAUACUUUGUCCAACUGCACUGUAUGUAUAUCAGAUAUAGAGGUGUUACCAAGUCUGUCCCUGGCGAGGAUGCGGUCCUGUCCCAGAGAGAUCUUCUCUUCCUGAAUAAACAUCCUGUCCAUCAUUACCAUCUCAGCUGACGGGCCAAGGCGCUGUGAAACACAACAGGAACAGCCAGCCAGCUAAUCAAUCAACCAAACAUUACAUUAACAUUUUAGUCAUUUAGCAGACGCUCUUAUCCAGAGCGACUUACAGUUAGUGAGUGCAUACAUUUUCAUACUGGCCCCCAGUGGGAAUCGAACCCACUGAGCUACAGGGGACUUUACUAGAUGGGUGAUUGUCCUGUACUGUAUACAGUUGAAUGUGGAAAAUAAUUUUGUACUUGCAUGUUUCCUGUAAUAAAAAAGAAUGAAACAAGCAAACCAUGACAUGUUCUUGUAUUGAUUUCUUAAACUGAGACUCAGCACUAUGCAGUGAUCACAAGCAGCAACGUGAACCAAAGACAUUUCAGAGUGAGGCCCGAUAGUUUAGUCAUCCCAAUACUGUGGUUUACUUUGUGUAUUUCUGAGUCUACGUUAAACGGCCAUCUCAUAAACAUAACACAUAAGUCAGCAAGACAAUCCUAGUGAUGGAGAAAGAGAAGACACUGAACAGAUAAAUCAUCCUAUAGAGAAGGAACCCUAGUGUGGGAGGGCUGUGGAAGGAGACAGAACAGAUAAAUCAUCCUAUAGAGAAGGAACCCUAGUGUGGGAGGGCUGUGGAAGGAGACAGAACAGAUACAUCAUCAUAUAGAGAAGGAACCCUAGUGUGGGAGGGCUGUGGAAGGAGACAGAACAGAUACAUCAUCCUAUAGAGAAGGAACCCUAGUGUGGGAGGGCUGUGGAAGGAGACAGAACAGAUAACUCAUCCUCCAAAGAAGGAACCCUAGUGUGGGAGGGCUGUGGAAGGAGACAGAACAGAUACAUCAUCCUAUAGAGAAGGAACCCUAGUGUGGGAGGGCUGUGGAAGGAGACAGAACAGAUAACUCAUCCUAUAGAGAAGGAACCCUAGUGUGGGAGGGCUGUGGAAGGAGACAGAACAGAUAACUCAUCCUAUAGAGAAGGAACCCUAGUGUGGGAGGGCUGUGGAAGGAGACAGAACAGAUAAAUCAUCCUCCAGAGAAGGAACCCUAGUGUGGGAGGGCUGUGGAAGGAGACAGAACAGAUAAAUCAUCCUAUAGAGAAGGAACCCUAGUGUGGGAGGGCUGUGGAAGGAGACAGAACAGAUACAUCAUCCUCCAGAGAAGGAACCCUAGUGUGGGAGGGCUGUGGAAGGAGACAGAACAGAUAACUCAUCCUCCAGAGAAGGAACCCUAGUGUGGGAGGGCUGUGGAAUGAGACAGAACAGAUAAAUCAUCCUCCAGAGAAGGAACCCUAGUGUGGGAGGGCUGUGGAAGGAGACAGAACAUAUACAUCAUCCUACAGAGAAGGAACCCUAGUGUGGGAGGGCUGUGGAAGGAGACAGAACAGAUAACUCAUCCUCCAGAGAAGGAACCCUAGUGUGGGAGGGCUGUGGAAUGAGACAGAACAGAUAAAUCAUCCUCCAGAGAAGGAACCCUAGUGUGGGAGGGCUGUGGAAGGAGACAGAACAGAUUCAUCAUCCCCCAGAGAAGGAACCCUAGUGUGGGAGGGCUGUGGAAGGAGACAGAACAGAUAAAUCAUCCUAUAGAGAAGGAACCCUAGUGUGGGAGGGCUGUGGAAGGAGACAGAACAGAUAACUCAUCCUAUAGAGAAGGAACCCUAGUGUGGGAGGGCUGUGGAAGGAGACAGAACAGAUACAUCAUCCUAUAGAGAAGGAACCCUAGUGUGGGAGGGCUGUGGAAGGAGACAGAACAGAUACAUCAUCCUAUAGAGAAGGAACCCUAGUGUGGGAGGGCUGUGGAAGGAGACAGAACAGAUACAUCAUCCUAUAGAGAAGGAACCCUAGUGUGGGAGGGCUGUGGAAGGAGACAGAACAGAUACAUCAUCAUAUAGAGAAGGAACCCUAGUGUGGGAGGGCUGUGGAAGGAGACAGAACAGAUACAUCAUCCUAUAGAGAAUGAACCCUAGUGUGGGAGGGCUGUGGAAGGAGACAGAACAGAUACAUCAUCAUAUAGAGAAGGAACCCUAGUGUGGGAGGGCUGUGGAAGGAGACAGAACAGAUACAUCAUCCUAUAGAGAAGGAACCCUAGUGUGGGAGGGCUGUGGAAGGAGACAGAACAGAUAAAUCAUCCUAUAGAGAAGGAACCCUAGUGUGGGAGGGCUGUGGAAGGAGACAGAACAGAUAACUCAUCCUCCAGAGAAGGAACCCUAGUGUGGGAGGGCUGUGGAAGGAGACAGAAAAGAUAAAUCAUCCUAUAGAGAAGGAACCCUAGUGUGGGAGGGCUGUGGAAGGAGACAGAACAGAUACAUCAUCCUCCAGAGAAGGAACCCUAGUGUGGGAGGGCUGUGGAAGGAGACAGAACAGAUAAAUCAUCCUAUAGAGAAGGAACCCUAGUGUGGGAGGGCUGUGGAAGGAGACAGAACAGAUAAAUCAUCCUCCAGAGAAGGAACCCUAGUGUGGGAGGGCUGUGGAAGGAGACAGAACAGAUACAUCAUCCUCCAGAGAAGGAACCCUAGUGUGGGAGGGCUGUGGAAGGAGACAGAACAGAUAAAUCAUCAUAUAGAGAAGGAACCCUAGUGUGGGAUGGCUGUGGAAGGAGACAGAACAGAUAACUCAUCCUAUAGAGAAGGAACCCUAGUGUGGGAGGGCUGUGGAAGGAGACAGAACAGAUAAAUCAUCCUAUAGAGAAGGAACCCUAGUGUGGGAGGGCUGUGGAAGGAGACAGAACAGAUAACUCAUCCUAUAGAGAAGGAACCCUAGUGUGGGAGGGCUGUGGAAGGAGACAGAACAGAUAAAUCAUCCUCCAGAAAAGGAACCCUAGUGUGGGAGGGCUGUGGAAGGAGACAGAACAGAUACAUCAUCCUAUAGAGAAGGAACCCUAGUGUGGGAGGGCUGUGGAAGGAGACAGAACAGAUACAUCAUCCUAUAAAGAAGGAACCCUAGUGUGGGAGGGCUGUGGAAGGAGACAGAACAGAUACAUCAUCCUCCAGAGAAGGAACCCUAGUGUGGGAGGGCUGUGGAAGGAGACAGAACAGAUACAUCAUCCUCCAGAGAAGGAACCCUAGUGUGGGAGGGCUGUGGAAGGAGACAGAACAGAUAACUCAUCCUCCAGAGAAGGAACCCUAGUGUGGGAGGGCUGUGGAAGGAGACAGAACAGAUAAAUCAUCCUCCAGAGAAGGAACCCUAGUGUGGGAGGGCUGUGGAAGGAGACAGAACAGAUAAAUCAUCCUCCAGAGAAGGAACCCUAGUGUGGGAGGGCUGUGGAAGGAGACAGAACAGAUAAAUCAUCCUCCAGAGAAGGAACCCUAGUGUGGGAGGGCUGUGGAAGGAGACAGAACAGAUACAUCAUCCUAUAGAGAAGGAACCCUAGUGUGGGAGGGCUGUGGAAGGAGACAGAACAGAUACAUCAUCCUCCAGAGAAGGAACCCUAGUGUGGGAGGGCUGUGGAAGGAGACAGAACAGAUAAAUCAUCCUAUAGAGAAGGAACCCUAGUGUGGGAGGGCUGUGGAAGGAGACAGAACAGAUAAAUCAUCCUCCAGAGAAGGAACACUACUGUGGGAGGGCUGUGGAAGGAGACAGAACAGAUACAUCAUCCUAUAGAGAAGGAACCCUAGUGUGGGAGGGCUGUGGAAGGAGACAGAACAGAUACAUCAUCCUCUAGAGAAGGAACCCUAGUGUGGGAGGGCUGUGGAAGGAGACAGAACAGAUAACAUCCUAUAGAGAAGGAACCCUAGUGUGGGAGGGCUGUGGAAGGAGACAGAACAGAUACAUCAUCCUAUAGAGAAGGAACCCUAGUGUGGGAGGGCUGUGGAAGGAGACAGAACAGAUAAAUCAUCAUAUAGAGAAGGAACCCUAGUGUGGGAGGGCUGUGGAAGGAGACAGAACAGAUAAAUCAUCCUAUAGAGAAGGAACCCUAGUGUCGGAGGGCUGUGGAAGGAGACAGAACAGAUACAUCAUCCUCCAGAGAAGGAACCCUAGUGUGGGAGGGCUGUGGAAGGAGACAGAUAACUUUAAUAACUUAUGGUUGAUAAUAAGGUAAUAUAACAUUAAUAACUUACCGUUGAUUCCUCAAAAAGCAGAUGUCUGUAUUUAUCCAGCAUGGCCUGUGUUCUCUUUAGGAGCUGGCUGGAAACACUGUCAAACUCAUCAUCCACUGGGGGGGCAGAGAGGGAGAGAAUGGAACAGGGGGGAUCAGACAGAGGUAACCAAUGGUAAUUAGGGCUAAGAGUCAUGUGGUCACUCCCGACCAUACACAUUAGGGCUGGGAAAUGCCAGGGACAUCACGAUACGAUAUUACCACGAUACUUAGGUGCCGAUAUGAUCUGUAUUGCGAUUCUCAAUGUGUUGUGAUUCUCCAUGUGUUGUGAUUCUCCAUGUGUUGUGAUUCUCCAUGUGUUGUGAUUCUCCAUGUGUUGUGAUUCUCCAUGUGUUGUGAUUCUCCAUGUGUUGUGAUUCUCCAUGUGUUGCGAUUCUCCAUGUGUUGCGAUUCUACAUGUGUUGAUAUUCGAAACUGCGAUUUGAUGUUCCAAACAUAUUGCUCACUAUAUGUCUGCUGGGGAGGGACAGGAGAUAGCAUGCCCCCCAUCAUUUGUUUUGAUCAGUCAUGGAAAUAUAAGUGCUGAAAACAUGUUGGCUCACUGUUAGUGCUGAGUGAUUAUUGGUUUUUGAGGUCGGUUCGGUUUCGGUUCGAUUAUUAAAAAAUAAACACGGUUUCCGUUACAUUAAAUGCACUAUGCAUUAUGUGGGUUGAAUGCUAUAACAACACAGAAUAAAACAAUAAGUCCCAUGAUGGUAGUGACUGACCAUUACUGCUUAUCACUUAUUGACCAUCAUUAAUUGACGUUCCUUUAAUAGAAUAUUUGUUUUAUUUGAUGACUUUAUUAUUUCAUUCCAAGUCAUCAUCUCGUCUCUAUAGAGCUGCUGUCUGAUUAAAUCACUAUUUUAGUAGUUUCUUCAAAGUAAAUAAGGCAGACUUUAAUGACUGCUGAAUACCAACUAUCAAUCACUUAGAUCAUGUAUUUUCAGGCUCACAAAGCAACUGCUUUCUACCCUUCUCUAUUGCUCCUUCUCUCUGUCCCCGUGUCUGCUCCGCACAGACCGGACAAAUUUAAGUGGGCGCGCAAUGGAUUAUGGUCAUUGUAGUUAAUUACCACAUUUUCUGCGCUAAACUAUGUAGAAUAUUGGCCUGUUGGAAACUCCAACUCCCUACUACAUCGCACAGUUCAGGCAUCAUCUGAUUUAUCGCUACAGAAACGGCACAUCAAGCUCACAGAAAAAAAUAACUACGAAAAUGGAAUUCAAAUAUUUAACCGACGUUGGUCAAUUAUAGUUGUUUAAAAACCAGAAAAAUAACAGAAAUUUCCGUUAACCGCUCAGCACUACUCACUAUUUAAAAAGAAGAUGGAGAACAAAACACCGGCGUUUUGGCCCCGGUACAGCCAACUAGCGCUAGCUAACGCUACCCACAAAUUGAUACUUGGAGUCAAAGUAUUGAUAUAAUAUUAUCCAAAAUAAUAUUGCAAUAUAAUACUGUAUCGAUCCUGCUGUUAACAGCAGGGUGUAUAUCUCUGUGUUAGUCGUGUGGUGGUGUGGCAGUGCCCUGGUAGAGGUGGUAAGACACCAGACGGGUCAGGGUGUGUGUACCUCUGUGGUAGUCGUGUGGUGUGGUAGCAGUGCCGCUGGUAGAGGUGGUAAGACACCAGGGCGGGUCAGGGGGUGUGUACCUUUGGUGUGGUGUGUGGUAGGAGGGGCCGGGAGAGGGGGUAAGACACCAGGGGGUCGGUGUGUGUACCUCUUUGGGUUGUCGUGUGGGGGUGGCAGUGCCCUGGAGAGGUGGGAAGCACAGGGGGGGUCAGGGGUGGGAACCUCGUGGUAGUAUGUGGUGAGGUGGAGGGCCCUGGUAGAGGUGGUAAGACACCAGGCGGGGUUCCGGUGUGAACCCUUGGUUUUGUGUGGUGAGGGGGGGGGAGUGCCUGGGGAGUGGAAACACCAGGGGGUCAGGGUUUUUUUUACCCGGGGGGUAGUGUGUGGUUGGGGGGGGAUGCCCUGGUAAGGUGGGAAGACACCAGGCGGUCGGGGGUGUAUACCUCUGUGGUAGUGUGUGGUGUGGGGGUGGUGGAGGGUGGUAGAGGUGGGGUUUGGGGCCCCGGGGGGGUCAGGGUGUGGACCUCUGUGGUAGUGUGUGGUGAGGGGGCGUGCCCUGUAAGGAGGGGGGGGUAAAAAAAGGGGGGAAAGGGUGUGAACCCUGUGGUAGGUGUGGUUUAGGUGGCAGUGCCUGGGAGGGGGUAAGACCCAAGGCGGGUCAGGGGGGGGUUACCUUUGGGGUCGUGUGGGUGGGGGGAUGCCCUGGUAAGGGGUAAGACACCAGGCGGGGCAGGGGGGGGGUAAAUUGGGUAGUGUGUGGUGGGGUGGCAGUGCCCCUUUGAGGUGGUAAGACAAGGGGGUCGGGUGGUGACCCCUUUUGGGAGGUGGGGUGAGGUGGAUGCCCCGGUAGAGGUGGUAAAACACCCGGGGGGUCAGGGGGUGUACCUCUGUGGAGCUUGUGGUGGGGGGGCAGGCCCCGGAGAGGUGGGAAAACCCAGGCGGGAGGGGGGAAAGGGAGGGUGGGGGGGGGAGGGGGGAGGGGGAAAAAGGCGGGGAGGGUGUGGACCCGGGGGGGGUUUUUGGGGGGGGGGGGCAUGGGUAAUGGGGGUAAAACCCCGGCGGGUCAGGGUGUUAUACCCCUGUGGUAGUAGUGUGGGGGAGGUGGCGUGCUGGGAGAGGUGGUUUAAAGGGACCAGGGGGUAAAGGGGGGGUUUUUAAAUCUGGUAGUCGUGGGUGAGGUGGCAGUGCCCCGGUGAGGUGGUAAAAGGGACCCCGGCGGGUCAGGGUGUUGACCUUGUGUGUCGUUUUGGUGAGGGGGCUUGCCCUUGGGGGGAGGGGGUAAGACACCAGGGCGGGUCAGGGUGUGUGUACCUCUGUGGUAGUCGUGUGGUGAGGUGGCAGUGCCCUGGUAGAGGUGGUAAGACACCAGGCGGGUCAGGGUGUGUGUACCUCUGUGGUAGUCGUGUGGUGAGGUGGCAGUGCCCUGGUAGAGGUGGUAAGACACCAGGCGGGUCAGGGUGUGUGUACCUCUGUGGUAGUCGUGGGGGUGGGGGGCAGUGCCCUGGUAGAGGUGGUAAGACACCAGGCGGGUCAGGGUGUGUAUACCUCUGUGGUAGUCGUGUGGUGAGGUGGCAGUGCCCUGGUAGAGGUGGUAAGGCACCAGGCGGAUCAGGGUGUCUUCAAAGCACUGGAAGGGAGAGCUGUAGUCUGGGUGGAGGACUGAACCCUGCUGCUUCCUCAGCUGCUCCAACAUCCUACACACACACAGGGUCGAGGAAGAUGGGUCACAAGACUGAAUUGCCAUACUUUUAACAAGCCGUAAGACAACACUCAUGCGCACAAACAAACACCACAUAAAAUAGAAUAGAGAAAAAAACAUUAUUGUUCCACACAAUGUGGAUAUUUUACAGGAGAAUGAUACAGGAGCAUACCUGGCUUCCUUGCUGGGUUUAGCCAUACUGAAAGGCAUCUUCAUAGUAGCAGUCUGUCAGGUGAAUAAGACACAGCAUCCAUGACCAUCACACCAUAGCAACCAUCACACCAUAGCACCAUCACAGCAUCCAUGACCAUCACACCAUAGCACCAUCACACCAUAGCACCAUCACAGCAUCCAUGACCAUCACACCAUAGCACCAUCACACCAUAGCACCAUCACAGCAUCCAUGACCAUCACACCAUAGCACCAUCACACCAUCGCACCAUCACACCAUAGCACCAUCACACCAUAGCACCAUCACACCAUAGCACCAUCACAGCAUCCAUGACCAUCACACCAUAGCACCAUCACAGCAUCCAUGACCAUCACACCAUAGCACCAUCACACCAUAGCACCAUCACACCAUCACACCAUCACAGCAUCCAUGACCAUCACACCAUAGCACCAUCACACCAUAGCACCAUCACACCAUAGCACCAUCACACCAUAGCACCAUCACAGCAUCCAUGACCAUCACACCAUAGCACCAUCACAGCAUCCAUGACCAUCACACCAUAGCACCAUCACAGCAUCCAUGACCAUCACACCAUCACACCAUCACAGCAUCCAUGACCAUCACACCAUAGCACCAUCACAGCAUCCAUGACCAUCACACCAUAGCACCAUCACACCAUAGCACCAUCACAGCAUCCAUGACCAUCACACCAUCACACCAUAGCACCAUCACAGCAUCCAUGACCAUCACACCAUAGCACCAUCACACCAUAGCACCAUCACAGCAUCCAUGACCAUCACACCAUAGCACCAUCACACCAUAGCACCAUCACAGCAUCCAUGACCAUCACACCAUAGCACCAUCACAGCAUCCAUGACCAUCACACCAUAGCACCAUCACACCAUCGCACCAUCACACCAUAGACCCAGAUUGAUUAGACAUGUGAUUGAAUAGUCAGAAAUGGAAGCCAUCAGGAUUGGUUGAGGGUCUCCUCACCUGUAUUUGUAGAGAGGCCAGAUCAGGGCUGAAGGUCAUCUGACCCAGACCUGACCCUGACUCCAUCCCCCCCACCUGGCAGAAGAAAGAGGGGUAGUAAAAUCAUACUAUUGAACCUUCAUUUAUCCAGGUAUGGCAGUUAACAACAAAUUCGUAUUUAUUUCAAUUUGAAUGCCAAUAAAGCUUUUUGGUUGAAAUGAGGUUUGAGGGUCAGUUAGUGUUACCCACCUGCACAGCCCCAGCCUGGUGUAGGGACUGUUGACCAGCCUGGUGUAGGGACUGUUGACCAGCCUGAUGUAGGGACUGUUGACCAGCCUGGUUUAGUGACUGUUGACCAGCCUGGUUUAGGGACUGUUGACCAGCCUGGUGUAGGGACUGUUGACCCGCCUGGUGUAGGGACUGUUGACCAGCCUGGUUUAGGGACUGUUGACCAGCCUGGUGUAGGGACUGUUGACCAGCCUGGUUUAGUGACUGUUGACCAGCCUGGUUUAGUGACUGUUGACCAGCCUGGUGUAGGGACUGUUGACCAGCCUGGUGUAGGGACUGUUGACCAGCCUGGUGUAGGGACUGUUGACCAGCCUGGUGUAGGGACUGUUGACCCGCCUGGUGUAGGGACUGUUGACCAGCCUGGUGUAGGGACUGUUGACCAGCCUGGUGUAGGGACUGUUGACCAGCCUGGUGUAGGGACUGUUGACCAGCCUGGUGUAGGGACUGUUGACCAGCCUGGUGUAGGGACUGUUGACCCGCCUGGUGUAGGGACUGUUGACCCGCCUGGUGUAGGGACUGUUGACCAGCCUGGUGUAGGGACUGUUGACCCGCCUGGUGUAGGGACUGUUGACCAGCCUGGUGUACUGACUGGUUAAGGCUAGCUGGAGCCAUGCCCCCCUGGUUCACCUGAACUCCUGACAACACGUCAUUGGAUGCUGAAGAGAGAGAGGGGAGUCAGAUCAGGAACACAUUUCACAGUAGUAAUGUUGUUUCUUUCUGACCUGUGGCAGGAGUCUUGACCAGCACAGACGUCUGAGGAGCAAGCAAGUCUUGUUGUUGACGACGAUGUUGUUGGGGUUGGCUUUGCUGCUGCUGCUGCUGGUUGGCCUGUAGUAGAACGUUCUGUUGGACCUGAGCGUGAAUAAAGAGAGAAAAUGGAUUAUUCGAAUACUUUGAUAAACACACAGGUAGCAGCAAAUCAAAACAUCUGAGCAGUGAGAAGUGAGGGAAUGUUAGGGUGGGUUCCUUCACACCUGGUGUAGUUUGUCCAGCAGUUGUUUCUGUUGUGGAGAGGGCUGAGCGAUGGUAGACAGCGUCUGGAGCUGAGCACCAACCAGUUGCAGAUGGUGCUGCUGCUCUGCUGUUAAGACCGGGAACUGCAGGGGGACCUGGGUCUUCACCACUCCACCCCCGGGGGCCCCCACCUGGCUAGCAGUGAACUGGAACCCUGCCAGAGGGGCCUGGAGGAUCUGUGGGGGUUUGGGGGAGCAGGAGGGAGGGGGGACGUCCGGUUGGUAGAGAGAAGGCUGGGAGGGGGGCCGGGGUAGGGGCUGGGGCUGGAGGUGUAUCUGUUGUUGUUGUUGUGGGGCAGGCUGGGAGGAGCCUGGGAUCUGGUUCUGGAUAAUUAACAUUGGGGGAAGAGAGGAGGGGGUGCAGGAUCGGGUGGGGGUCUGGGGCUGGGAGGGGGGCCAGGACUGGGGGGAGGGCUGGGGGCGGGGGGAGGGCUGGGGGCUGUCCGACAGAGAGAGGGCGGUGUGGGAGGCCAGGGGCUGGGAGGGGGACAGGCUCUGGGAGGGGGGCCAGGACUGGGAGGGGGACAGGCUCUGGGAGGGGGACAGGCUCUGGGAGGGGGACAGGCUCUGGAGCUUCAGUUGCUGCUGCUGGCCGGCCGCCUGGGGCAUCUGGUGUUAGAGGUCAAAACAGACAGGAAACACGUCAGACAGGAAACACAGAUACAAACAUGAUAUUAACGGUUCCAAAUAAUAUAAACUAUACUAGAUUUGACGAUAAUAAAACAUGUGGAACAGCAUUUUAACAGGACAGGCAGCUACAGGACAUCAAGCAAAAAACUACAAGCAGAAACAGAAGAUAACUUUCAGAGAGAACACAGGUUCAGACAGACCACUAAUAGUAAUAUUUAUAGCAGUAGUAGUAGUCAUGAAGUCAUAAAAGUGCUGAAAGGGAUAGCAUUCUGCCUGGUGUUUGGGAGAGUUGAAAAGGACUGGGGUGUAGAGGUCUGCAGCAGGACUGGGGGGGUGUACAGGACUGCAGCAGGACUGGGGGGGUUGGUUAGAGGUCUGCAGCAGGACUGGGGGGGGUGUACAGGACUGCGGCAGGACUGGGGGGGGGGGGGGUUGUAGAGGUCUGCAGCAGGACUGGGGGGGUGUAGAGGUCUGCAGCAGGACUGGGGGGGGGGGGUGUAGAGGUCUGCAGCAGGACUGGGGGGGGGGGUGUAGAGGUCUGCAGCAGGAUUGGGGGGGGGGGGGUGUGUAGAGGUCUGCAGCAGGACUGGGGGGGGGGGGUGUAGAGGUCUGCAGCAGGACUGGGGGGGGGGGGGGGGGGGGGUUGUACAGGACUGCAGCAGGACUGGGGGGGUGUACAGGUCUGCAGCAGGACUGGGGGGGUGUACAGGACUGCAGCAGGACUGGGGGGUGUAGAGGUCUGCAGCAGGACUGGGGGGUGUAGAGGUCUGCAGCAGGACUGGGGGGUGUACAGGACUGCAGCAGGACUGGGGGGGUGUACAGGACUGCAGCAGGACUGGGGGGGUGUACAGGACUGCAGCAGGACUGGGGGGGUGUAGAGGUCUGCAGCAGGACUGGGGGGGUGUACAGGACUGUAGUAAGACUGGGGGGGUGUAGAGGUCUGCAGCAGGACUGGGGGGGGUGUACAGGUCUGCAGUCCUGUGCAAAGCUGUCAUCAAGGCAAAGGGUGGCUAUUUGAAGAAUCUCAAAUAUAAAAUAUAUUUUGAUUUGUUGAACACUUUUUUGGUUACUACAUGAUUACAUAUGUGUUAUUUUUUUAGUUUUGAUGUCUUCACUAUUAUUCUACAAUGUAAAAAAUAGUAAAAAUAAAGAAAAACCUUUUAAUGAGUAGGUGUGUCCAAACUUUUGACCGGUUGUGUAUGUCAGGUCUAGUAGAUGGUUUACAACACGGGAAAUGUCAUUACAUCUACCAUGCUUCCACAACCAUAUUAUAUACCUGUACACCCUAAUAACCCACUAGACCCUAAUAACCCACUACACCCUAAUAACCCACCAGACCCUAAUAAGCCACUAGACCCUAAUAACCCACCAGACCCUAAUAACCCACCAGACCCUAAUAACCCACUAGACCCUAAUAACCCACCAGACCCUAAUAACCCACUAGACCCUAAUAACCCACUAGACCCUAAUAACCCACUAGACCCUAAUAACCCACUAGACCCUAAUAACCCACCCGACCCUAAUAACCCACUACACCCUAAUAACCCACCAGACCCUAAUAACCCACUACACCCUAAUAACCCACUAGACCCUAAUAACCCACUACACCCUAAUAACCCACUAGACCCUAAUAACCCACUACACCCUAAUAACCCACCAGACCCUAAUAACCCACUAGACCCUAAUAACCCACUAGACCCUAAUAACCCACCAGACCCUAAUAACCCACUAGACCCUAAUAACCCACUAGACCCUAAUAACCCACUAGACCCUAAUCAAUCAAUCAAUUUUAUUUUAUAUAGCCCUUCUUACAUCAGCUAAUAUCUCGAAGUGCUGUACAGAAACCCAGCCUAAAACCCCAAACAGCUAGUAAUGCAGGUGUAGAAGCACGGUGGCUAGGAAAAACUCCCUAGAAAGGCCAAAACCUAGGAAGAAACCUAGAGAGGAACCAGGCUAUGAGGGGUGGCCAGUCCUCUUCUGGCUGUGCCGGGUGGAGAUUAUAACAGAACCAUGCCAAGAUGUUCAAAAAUGUUCAUAAGUGACAAGCAUGGUCAAAUAAUAAUCAGGAAUAAAUCUCAGUUGGCUUUUCAUAGCCGAUCAUUAAGAGUUGAAAACAGCAGGUCUGGGACAGGUAGGGGUUCCAUAACCGCAGGCAGAACAGUUGAAACUGGAAUAGCAGCAAGGCCAGGCGGACUGGGGACAGCAAGGAGUCACCACGGCCGGUAGUCCCGACGUAUGGUCCUAGGGCUCAGGUCUCUCAGUUGGCUUUUCAUAGCCGAUCAUUAAGAGUUGAAAACAGCAGGUCUGGGACAGGUAGGGGUUUCGUAACCGCAGGCAGAACAGUUGAAACUGGAAUAGCAGCAAGGCCAGGCGGACUGGGGACAGCAAGGUGUCAUCAUGCCCGGUAGUCCUGACGUAUGGUCCUAGGGCUCAGGUUCUCAGAGAGAAAGAGAGAGAACGAGAGAAUUAGAGAGAGCAUACUUAAAUUCACACAGGACACUGGAUAAGACAGGAGAAGUACUCCAGGUAUAACCAACUAACCCCAGCCCCCCGACACAUAAACUACUGCAGCAUAAAUACUGGAGGCUGAGACAGGAGCGGUCCGGAGACACUGUGGCCCCAUCCGAAAGAAACCCCCGGACAGGGCCAAACAGGAAGGAUAUAACCCCACCCACUCUGCCAAAGCACAGCCCCCGCACCACUAGAGGGAUAUCCUCAACCACCAACUUACAAUCCUGAGACAAGGCCGAGUAUAGCCCACAGAGGUCUCCACCACAGCACAAACCAAGGGGGGGCGCCAACCCAGACAGGAAGAUCACGUCAGUAACUCAACCCACUCAAGUGACGCACCCCUCCUAGGGACGGCAUGAAAGAGCACCAGCAAGCCAGUGACUCAGCCCCUGUAACAGGGUUAGAGGCAGAGAACCCCAGUGGAGAGAGGGGAACCGGCCUGGCAGAGACAGCAAGGGCUGUUCGUUGCUCCAGAGCCUUUCCGUUCACCUUCACACUCCUGGGCCAGACUACACUCAAUCAUAUGACCUACUGAAGAGAUAAGUCUUCAGUAAAGACUUAAAGGUUGAGACCGAGUCUGCGUCUCUCACAUGGGUAGGCAGACUGUUCCAUAAAAAUGGAGAUCUAUAGGAGAAAGCCCUGCCUCCCGCUGUUUGCUUAGAAAUUCUAGGGACAAUUAGGAGGCCUGCGUCUUGUGACCGUAGCGUACGUAUUGGUAUGUACGGCAGGACCAACUCGGAAAGAUAGGUAGGAGCAAGCCCAUGUAACGCUUUAUAGGUUAACAGUAAAACCUUGAAAUCAGCCCUUGCCUUAACAGGAAGCCAGUGUAGGGAAGCUAGCACUGGAGUAAUAUGAUCAAAUUUCUUGGUUCUAGUCAGGAUUCUAGCAGCCGUAUUUAGCACUAACUGAAGUUUAUUUAGUGCUUUAUCCGGGUAGCCGGAAAGUAGAGCAUUGCAGUAGUCUAACCUAGAAGUAACAAAUGCAUGGAUUAAUUUUUCUGCAUCAUUUUUGGACAGAAAAUUUCUGAUUUUUGCAAUGUUACGUAGAUGGAAAAAAGCUGUCCUUGAAACAGUCUUGAUAUGAUCGUCAAAAGAGAGAUCAGGGUCAAGAGUAACGCCGAGGUCCUUCACAGUUUUAUUUGAGACGACUUUACAACCAUCAAGAUGAAUUGUCAGAUUUAACAGAAGAUCUCUUUGUUUCUUGGGACCUAGAACAAGCAUCUCUGUUUUGUCCGAGUUUAAAAGUAAAACGUUUUCAGCCAUCCACUUCCUUAUGUCUGAAACACAGGCUUCUAGCGAGGGCAAUUUUGGGGCUUCACCAUGUUUCAUUGAAAUGUACAGCUGUGUGUCAUCCGCAUAGCAGUGAAAGUUAACAUUAUGUUUUCGAAUAACAUCCCCAAGAGGUAAAAUAUAUAGUGAAAACAAUAGUGGUCCUAAAACGGAACCUUGAGGAACACCGAAAUGUACAGUUGAUUUGUCGGAGGACAGACCAUUCACAGAGACAAACUGAUAUCUUUCCGACAGGUAAGAUCUAAACCAGGCCAGAACUUGUCCGUGUAGACCAAUUUGGGUUUCCAGUCUCUCCAAAAGAAUGUGGUGAUCGAUGGUGUCAAAGGCAGCACUAAGGUCUAGUAGCACGAGGACAGAUGCAGAGCCUCGGUCUGAUGCCAUUAAAAGGUAAUUUACCACCUUCACAAGUGCAGUCUCAGUGCUAUGAUGGGGUCUAAAACCAGACUGAAGCAUUUCGUAUAUAUUGUUUGUCUUCAGAAAGGCAGUGAGUUGCUGCGCAACAGCUUUUUCUAAAAUGUUUGAGAGGAAUGGAAGAUUCGAUAUAGGCCGAUAGUUUUUUAUAUUUUCGGGGUCAAGGUUUGGCUUUUUCAAGAGAGGCUUUAUCACUGCCACUUUUAGUGAGUUUGGUACACAUCCGGUGGAUAGAGAGCUGUUUAUUAUGUUCAACAUAGGAGGGCCAAGCACAGGAAGCAGCUCCUUCAGCAGUUUAGUAGGAAUAGGAUCCAGUAUGCAGCUUGAAGGUUUAGAGGCCAUAAUUAUUUUCAUCAUUGUGUCAAGAGAUAUAGUACUAAAACACUUAAGUGUCUCUCCCGAUCCCAGGCCCUCGCAGAGCUGUGCAGAUCCAGGACAGCUAAGCCCUGGAGGAAUACGCAGAUUCAAAGAGGAGUCCGUAAUUUGCUUUCUAAUGGUCAUGAUCUUUUCCUCAAAGAAGUUCAUGAAUUUAUUACUGCUGAAGUGAAAGCCAUCCUCUCUUGGGGAAUGCUGCUUUUUAGUUAGCUUUGCAACAGUAUCAAAAAGAAAUUUUGGAUUGUUCUUAUUUCCCUCGAUUAAGUUGGAAAAGUAGGAUGAUCGAGCAGCAGUGAGGGCUCUUCGGUACUGCACGGUACUGUCUUUCCAAGCUAGUCGGAAGACUUCCAGUUUGGUGUGGCGCCAUUUCCGUUCCAAUUUCCUGGAAGCUUGCUUCAAAGCUCGGGUAUUUUCUGUAUACCAGGGAGCUAGUUUCUUAUGACAAAUGUUUUUAGGGGUGCAACUGCAUCUAGGGUAUUGCGCAAGGUUAAAUUGAGUUCCUCAGUUAAGUGGUUAACUGAUUUUUGUCCUCUGACGUCCUUGGGUAGGCAGAAGGAGUCUGGAAGGGCAUCAAGGAAUUUUUGUGUUGUCUGAGAAUUUAUAGCACGACUUUUGAUGCUCCUUGGUUGGGGUCUGAGCAGAUUAUUUGUUGCGAUUGCAAACGUAAUAAAAUGGUGGUCCGAUAGUCCAGGAUUUUGUGGAAAAACAUUAAGAUCUACAACAUUUAUUCCAUGGGACAAAACUAGGUCCAGAGUAUGACUGUGGCAGUGAGUAGGUCCAGAGACAUGUUGGACAAAACCCACUGAGUCGAUGAUGGCUCCGAAAGACUUUUGGAGUGGGUCUGUGGACUUCUCCAUGUGAAUAUUAAAAUCACCAAAAAUUAGAAUAUGAUCUGCUAUGACUACAAGGUCUGAUAGGAAUUCAGGAAACUCAGAGAGGAACGCUGUAUAUGGCCCAGGAGGCCUGUAAACAGUAGCUAUAAAAAGUGAUUGAGUAGGCUGCAUAGAUUUCAUGACUAGAAGCUCAAAAGAUGAAAACGCCAUUUUUUUUUUUGUAAAUUGAAAUUUGCUAUCGUAAAUGUUAGCAACACCUCCGCCUUUGCGGGAUGCACGGGGAAUAUGGUCACUAGUGUAACCAGGAGGUGAGGCCUCAUUUAACACAGCAAAUUCAUCAGGCUUAAGCCAUGUUUCAGUCAGGCCAAUCACAUCAAGAUUAUGAUCAGUGAUUAGUUCAUUGACUAUGACUGCCUUUGAAGUGAGGGAUCUAACAUUAAGUAACCCUAUUUUGAGAUGUGAGGUAUCACGAUCUCUUUCAAUAAUGGCAGGAAUGGAGGAGGUCUUUAUCCUAAUAAGAUUGCUAGGGUGAACACUGCCAUGUUUAGUUUUGCCCAACCUAGGUCGAGGCACAGACACAGUCUCAAUGGGUAUGGCUGAGCUGACUACACUGACUGUGCUAUUGGCAGACUCCACUAAGCUGGCAGGUUGGCUAACAGCCUGCUGCCUGGCCUGCACCCUAUUUCACUGUGGGGCUAGAGGAGUUAGAGCCGUAUCUAUGUUGGUAGAUAAGAGGAGAGCACCCCUCCAGCUAGGAUGGAGUCCGUCACUCCUCAGCAGGUCAGGCUUGAUCCUGUAACCCACCAGACCCUAAUAACCCACUAGACCCUAAUAACCCACUAGACUCUAAUAACCCACUAGACCCCAAUAACCCACUAGAACCUAAUAACCCACCAGACCCCAAUAACCCACCAGACCCUAAUAACCCACCAGACCCUAAUAACCCACCAUACCCUAAUAACCCACCAGACCCUAAUAACCCACUACACCCUAAUAACCCACUACACCCUAAUAACCCACUACACCCUAAUAACCCACUAGACCCUAAUAACCCACUACACCCUAUACAUAAUGACUGGACAGUACCAAAACAGACAGGCAGAAACACACUGAGUGGACACACUGGACAGUACCAACAGAGACAGGCAGAAACACACUGAGUGGACCCACUGGACAGAUCCAAGACAUGCAGUGCCAGUAGACAUGCUAUGCUUUCACAGCAUUAGAAACUAG